CGAAAAUCCAUCAAUCCAUCAAAAGCAAGAUCCUCGAUUGGAAAAAAUACGUGACAAGUGCGAUUUUGUAUCGGAAAAACAUCCAACUUCAGUACUGUGAAGAACUCUCAACGUUGGMUUGCGAAGGAAGAUCUGGGAGACGAACGAAAAGCUACACCACUAGGCUCAAUCGCACGCAACAGUGGUAAUCGCAGGGAAAAUCUAGUUCCAUUUUAUAGGGAGGGAAAGGAACCGUCAACAAUGAUGGACGAAGAGGAGAGCGACCAAGAAAUGAGCGACAUUCUCACGGCGCCGUCUCUUUAUCUCCGCCCGGCGUUUUUCAAACAAACUCGAAAGAAGGGAAAAAUCAUCAAAUCGGUUUCAGAACGAUAUUUACGGGACGAUCUAGGGCUGGGUUGUUACUAUGUUGACGAAGGUGUAAGCAAUCGUCGCGCAAAAGAAGCAACGGUUGCAAAGCCCCGAACCAUAGAGGAUUCGAACCACCUAUUAUCUCUUCUUAGAACAGACAAGUCAAAUGCUCUCGUCAUUUGCGAUACGAAUGUCCUUUUGCACAAUCUAGACAUUCUCGAGCAAAGCCAAAAAGUUAUGCCCAAUCUGGUAUUUCCACAGACAUCGUUGGUAGAGUGUCGGUCAAACCGCAUGGUCGCCUACGAUAGGGCUGUAGAGUUGUUGAGGGAAGUUGGGGAGAAACACCACAACCGAUGUUGUAUUUUCUUUCCCGAUAUGCACCAUUCCCAAACAGCGCACAUAGAAGAAGAUGAAAUUGAGAGUAUUAAUGACGAAAAUGAUGCCAGAAUCCGGAAUGUUGCCGCUCUUUUUGGAGAACAUUUGCGUGGUUCCAACUUUCGGGUUAUUCUACUCACCGACGAUGUGGCUUCACGCGAAAAAGCGAAGAAAACUAAGCACCUGUACGAGGCAAUGUCCGUGAGAAGCUGGGCAAAAGAACUUGACGAUCUUCACCCGGGUCUAUCCUUGACGGAUUCGGUUGCUCAAUACGGCAAUCCAACAAGUACGAAAGGAGGAAAGAGUGGAAGCGAGGAAGAUAUUUUCCGCCCUCACGUUGGACAAAGUGAACUCUCUAUGGGUGUCAAAUCAGGACGCUACUAUAGAGGCGCUAUAAGAUCCGAAAGGUCUUCGAAAGGAGCGUAUGUUACUAUACGUAGAGGCGACGAAAGAAUUGCUGUCACAAUCGAAAACACCCUUGAUCGGAAUCGAGCCAUUGAUGGUGAUGUUGUGGCGAUCGAGUUGCAUUCAAUCGAGAAAUGGAUAUCCACUGAUACUUCUAAAUCAAAUAACAUUCAAGGAGUGGAAAGAAAGAAGGUAGAAAUAGCAGAUGAAACUGCGGAGCCAACCCAAAACGAGCUCGCAAAUGUUCCUGAUGCCAUUUCCGUCGAUGAUAAGGUCAGAAAUCUAAAACCCACAGGAAGAGUGGUCGGGAUUCUCCGACGAAAUUUUGCAAGCUAUAGUGGUUCGAUCUACGAGAAGGCGAAAGGUUCUACGUCGGAGGUCUCAGAACGCGAAAAAAUUGCGCUUGAAAACGAGCGGGAACAUGCUGAUGGCAGCGCAACAUGCGUAUUUUUCCCCACGGAUACCACGAUUCCCCCAAUUUUGAUUCGAACAUCGCAACGAGAUCGCUUUUUGGGGCAACGAAUUGUUGUCACGAUGGACUCAUGGCCUUCUUACUCUUCCUAUCCACUGGGUCAUUACGUAGAAACAAUUGGGCCCGCUGGAUCUAAAGACGUUGAGACGGAAGUGCUGCUGCAACAAUUUAAGAUUGCACAUGAACCGUUUCCGGCGCAGGUCCUGGCAUGUCUUCCUCCGAAUGAUUACAAGAUAACAAUGGUGCCUGAUCGUGUCGAUCUUCGGCAUCUACCAGUACUCUCGAUCGAUCCACCGGGUUGUAAGGACAUCGAUGAUGCACUACACUGCAUAGUUCUACCGAAUGGAAAUUACCAGGUUGGUGUCUCGAUCGCUGAUGUAACUCAUUAUGUCUCCCCAGGGAGUGCAAUGGACUUGGAAGCUGCCAACCGAUCAACGUCUACAUACCUUGUCAAUAAACGUCUGGAUAUGUUGCCUGCACUCCUGACAACAGACUUAUGCAGUUUAAGAGCAAAUGUUGAUCGAUAUGCUUUUUCUGUGAUCUGGGAGGUGACGCCAGAUGCAGAGAUUUUGAAUGUGGACUUCAAGAAGACAGUUAUCCAUUCUAUUGCUGCCCUUACGUAUCAGCAGGCUCAAACUUUCAUAGAUCAGCCUGAUAAUCACAAUGAUGACCCUCAAGUGGGUGCAGUCAAGAGACUCGCCUCCCUCGCUCGAAAAUUUCGAAAGAAACGAAUUGAUGCUGGUGCGUUGACCCUUGCGUCACCAGAAGUCAAAUUUGUUCUCGAUAGUGAAUCGUUGAAUCCAACAGAUGUGCAAGCAUAUGCUUUGCUGGAAGCAAAUGCUCUUGUUGAAGAAUUCAUGCUUUUGGCCAACAUUACUGUGGCUAAGAAAAUUCUUCGCCAUUAUCCAACUCUAUCGGUUCUGAGAAGGCAUCCAGCGCCAAACCGAGCAAUGUUUGAGGGCCUUAUCAGUAAAGCAAGAUGUAGAGGAUUUGAAAUCGACAUUGAAAACUCGAAAAGGCUUGCAGAUUCACUAGAUGCAGCUGUACUCGAAAGUGAGCCGUAUUUCAAUAAACUCCUUCGCAUCUUAUCCACCCGAUGCAUGUCACCAGCCCAGUAUUUUUGCUCCGGUGAAUUCAGACCGAUGGAUUGGCAUCAUUACGGUCUUGCGGCUCCUGUCUACACACAUUUUACUUCCCCCAUUCGAAGGUAUGAUUUCGUUUUUUGCAGGUUGAUAAAGCAAGCUGCUUUCUUUCUCUGAAACAUUGCACAACUCACUUUAUCCGUCCAAUUAUGUUGCUUUUCUAGAUACGCGGAUGUAUGUGUACAUCGGUUACUUGCUGCUGCAAUCAACGUAGCUCCACUUCCAGCUCAUUUGUCUUCCAAAACAUAUCUUCAUGAUUUGUGCGCAAAUAUGAACCGAAGGCAUAGAGCAGCACAGUUAGCUGGACGAGCUAGCGUCCAGCUUCAUACACUUAUUUUCUUCGCGAACGAUUCUAAAGAAGAAGACGCAUACAUACUGGAUGUUGAAACUGCCGAGAAAAGUGAUCCAUCAGUUCGUGUCAUGGUUCCUCAAUACGGUAUCGAAGGGCAAGUGAAGCUUCCUGUUUCCUCUGAUGAUCCUAAACUGGUUCGUCUCCCAAAAGAAAACAAGAUUAUUUACAAUGGCAACGUUUCCAUGCAAGUAUUUGAUAAAGUCAGGGUAAAGAUAUGGGUACGCGAAAUUCAAGCUUAUCAACGCGAACUUGAAAUCGAACUACUGAAUCCCUCUUUUUCACUAGAAGUACCAAACAAAAGAAAGGCUGACUCAACAGAAGUUUCGAAGAAGAAGAAGAAGUCACGCAAGAAAAAGAAGAGUAUGCCAUGAUACAUACAAGUUGACAAGGAGUAUACGUCAAUACAUUCUUCGUGCUCUCUAAAAUAACUCUCCCGUCUAAUUGGAUUUCUAUUUUAUGUAUGGAUUGAAACUUCAAGAGGUCGUUGUUAAAAAGAGUGCAGAAUUUUGUUUCAUUAUACAACAUCCUCUUGUGUAGCAACUUUCAAUAGGUCUCCUAGGGCCAUUUCCCCAUAUGCAGAUGUGCCCACUGAUAUUUCGUCGUUGUCAUUCUCACCUAGUUUUCUCGUAGCACUGCUCGUAUCGUCCUUUUUCUUCCCUAUUCUCUGUUGUGUUUCUAGAUCUGGAUUACCUUUUCCCUUCUGAAUCCCACUAUUUUCUUGAGUGGUAGUAUGGAGUAGCUCUUCUAGUGCCCGUUUCCCGAAUGCAGAUGUCGCCACUGAAAGCUCAUCUUCACUGUUCAUGUCACUCCGCCCAGUCAAAAAAGGAUGUACUUUGGCAGCGUUUUCCUCCAUACUCCUUUUCUUUUUCAUUGAUACUGCCUGCUGUCUCUUUCUUUUUCUAGUUUGUACUCCUUCGCCAGGAUUUCUUGCUCCUUCUUGUCUUACUUUCUCAAAUAAUUUGUCUAGUGCUCU